AAAUUGCAGUUUACAUAUAUUGUGUUGUAUCCAGAUAUGCAGUGAAUGUGUUUCCAUCCAAGUGUGAUGACUUUCAUACCCCAUCAGUGAUAAAGUAUUGGUCUGUAUAGUCCCAGCAUAUACGUACCUCAAUGUGGGGUGCAUGUGUAGAGGUCAUGUUGAUGCAAAGGUACAUGCACAGGUACAUCAAAGGGCAACAGGUUAUUCACCAGGGAAAUAAAUCACUCAGUUUAACUUAUUGUAAUUUCUGGUCAUUGUGUCACUACCUAUUUAUCAUCUAACAUCAUGUUAAAGAUCUAUAUUAUCUUUGUAACUACAGUGUAUAUGUAACCAUGUGCAACCUGUACAAAAAAAGAAAAGAAAAAGAAGUUUAUUUUUGCCUCAAAUCCAAUGUAAUGUUGUUGGAGAUGUUUCAAGUUUCAUGACGUCAGCCCAAGUUAAUAAGUAUCAGGGAAGGUGUCGGCACAGCAUGUGGAUCACAUGACAGAUGCUUUUGCAUGAAGGGCAUAGAUUUAUUGCUUGUUCGCAUGAUGCCCUUCACUUAGAUAGUAGGGUUCUAUUUCACUCAAUGAAUAAACUCAUUACAAGUUUGUCAGGUGUGAACUUUAGUGUACAAAGUCUCUUGGCCCCCUCCCUAAUCCUCCUUCUUUUUACUUUGUGUGCGAUUGUGAUCAAUACUUGUAUCGAGAAGUGAAAAAUUGUGAUGCAUCGGUGCAUCGUCCCACUACUAAUAUAAGUAUAAUCAAUAAUGUUUAACCUUUUUUAGAAUAUGUUAACCGCAUAUAGUCUAAACAUUCAUCUGUAAGAAAUCAUCAUAAUAUUAUUUAUGAUGUGCUAAUUUGGGGGACCAAUGGUUAAAAUGUGCAUUACAUAUUUCCCUCAAUUUCUAGCAUAUAGUGACAUUUUAUUCUUAACAUGAUAGUGUACGUACUGUGAUGCCACGCGAUGAAAGUACAACGCAGUGAUGUAACAGUGCUACUCUGUUCACUGUUGCCAAUAGCAAUACUUGGCCUUGUAAAAGUAUUUACUUUUUGUUAAAUAUAUGCCGACAGUUUUGGUGAACAUGAUGAGAUGUUUUGUUGAUACAAGCAUUGUCUAGCUACCUGUCAAGAGUGAUUGAGUCAGGCAGCCACAAUCAUGUGCAUUAAACAGAAGUCUAUCCCAGUCACCAAUUCUAUGUUUGUACUUAUUGGUAUGUAGACAUCUUCUGCAGUAAUUACCAGUGGAUUAACUUUCAGGGCAUGUUAACAGUUCAUAGUUUCCUUUGAGCAGUUAGGUACUUGUAAAUGUUCCGUUAACCCACUGUGGUAACAGUGAAAGCCCUGGUACCUUGUGCCCAGGGUGAUUCAUUUAUUCCAUAGCUGCCUCAGUCCUACACACAUUUCAUCCUGAAAAUAUUGAUUUUUCUCCUAUAUUGAGCUGUCUUUUGUAAAUAUGUUCUGUCAGAAUUAUAUAGCAGUGAUGAGGACCAUUAGUUAAGAAAGAAUGUAAUUAUUGCAGUGAUUAUGUGAGGUAGAGUUAGAUGUGUAAUUUGCACUGAUGCUAGACUGAGCUCACUGAAGCCUGGUAACCACUGCAUCAUUGGGUAUUUUCUAGAUUGGUUUGAUCGAUAAGGCAGAGCAGCAGCGAAGUUGUGAGUCAUCACAUGGUCACUGGACCAAGGAUCAUAUCUCGGCAGCGGCCUUUCCCUCUCUGCUGUUAAGGGAGUUGAUUGUGGACUCUCAUGCUGGCAUCAUUUGGGAAGGUCCAGUCAAUGUUAGGUGAAUGUGUACCUGGAGGACACACACUACCCCAGUCUGCCAUCUGUGGACCUCAUCUACAGGCUGUUCCACAUCUGCUCCAUCAAGCACAGCAUCACAGACUACACAUAGGAACUUCCACAGAGAUAUUUCUCCAGCAGGUUUUUGUGAUACCUGAUGUCAGAGUGACUGUUUCUAUACUUUGCUGUCUGCCAGUAUGGCGUGUCUACAAGAGUGGAUGGUUGUGGUGAUGUGUGUGGUGGUGUAUUCUAAGGAUCUGGUUGUGCAGGCUGACACACAGAUAACAGUAGACUUGAUCACAUGCUGGACCUGCCCCAACAUGACAACUAACGGCGAGUGCAAUGGAUGGGCCCCAGACAUCAAGUGCCCUGCUGAGCAAACAGUGUGCAGGACUGUCCACAGGUUCGAGUCAGCGUCAGGCUCCAGUGUCUUGGUCAACAAGGGAUGUGUUGCACCCUCCCAGUGCAGCAAGACACAUGUUGGCUGCCGGGCAACAGAUAAUCGGUCACUCAAGGAAUGUGUAUCAUGCUGCACAGAGUCCUAUUGUAACAAGGAGGUAGCAGUGGACAACAUGACCGCCAUGCAGCUGUCUUUAUCUGUGCUCAACUUUGCAUCCCCUCUCUCCAGCCUGGCCCCUGGCUGUCUUCUGGUGCUCAUGUUUCUCCAUUACUGUGUCACGUGAGACGUCUCCAACUCCAGGUUUCAUAUUGGUGCUAUCACAGCGAGUCGGACAGACUCAGAUGUUGUGUACAGAGAGCUUGAAGGGCUCCAGUUGCCCUGUACCAUGAGGUAGAUGGACUCGGAUGUUGUGUACAGAGAGCUUGCAGGGCUCCAGUUGCCCUGUACAGUGAGGUAGAUGGACUCGGAUGUUGUGUACAGAGAGCUUGCAGGCCUCCAGUUGCCCUGUACAGUGAGGUAGAUGGACUCAGAUGUUGUGUACAGAGAGCUUGCAGGCCUCCAGUUGCCCUGUACAGUGAGGUAGAUGUACCCUAUAGUGAGGUAGAUGGACUCAGAUGUUAUGUACAGAGAGCUUGCAGGCCUCCAGUUGCCCUGUACCGUGCGGUAGAUGGACUCAGAUGUUGUGUACAGAGAGCUUGCAGGCCUCCAGUUGCCCUGUACAGUGAGGUAGAUGGACUCAGAUGUUGUGUACGGAGAGCUUGCAGGGCUCCAGUUGCCCUGUACCGUGUGGUAGAUGGACCUGGAUGUUGUGUACGGAGAGCUUCCAGGGCUCCAGUUGCCCUGUACCGUGUGGUAGAUGUACCCUAUAGUGAGGUAGAUGGACUCAGAUGUUGUGUACAGAGAGCUUGCAGGCCUCCUGUUGCCCUGUACAGUGAGGUAGAUGUACCCUAUAGUGAGGUAGAUGGACUCAGAUGUUAUGUACAGAGAGCUUGCAGGCCUCCAUUUGCCCUGUACCGUGAGGUAGAUGGACUCGGAUGUUGUGUACAGAGAGCUUGCAGGCCUCCUGUUGCCCUGUACAGUGAGGUAGAUGUACCCUAUAGUGAGGUAGAUAGACUCAGAUGUUAUGUACAGAGAGCUUGCAGGCCUCCAGUUGAUCUGUACAGUGAGGAAGCCACCUGAUGGUGCAAUCCAAGCCAAGAAGUUAGUGGUCAUGUGUGGAUGUGUUGCACUAGACCUACAGCUCAGGACUAGCCCCGAUGUAGAGCUUUGUUGACACAUGAUUAUUCUGGAAACAGUUUGUGUUAGCAGUACAGUGUUAGUAUUUAUUGCUGUGGAUGGUCAGUGUAAGGUUGACAAUCACCAUCUCCAGCAUCAGUAGUGACAGUGACCAGCAUAUCUGUGAUACAGGAAUUCCAGAAAUUGACCUUCAUAUAACCUUCUAGGUUUGGAAUUGAAGAUCAUUCAGACACUGAGAUUUUUGUUUUCUAUGUGCAAUAUGACUUUAGUGUUGGUGACAUUUGUGUUAACUGAAUUUGAUUUGAGUGUAAUACUCAUAGUUUGCCAAAGUGUUGUGUAGUAUACUGACGGGAGGGACUGGCAACUUCCAACAGUUGGCAUAAUGCUGUCAGUGAAUGGGUACCGAGCAGCCACAAAUAAUACAUGGUAGUAAUCUGUUCCAUGUCUGUGAAUAAAGUUGACUUUCACAAGUGAAGUCUGUAUGGAUGGUCUUAA